GAGUGGCGAUCGCAAAAGUUUAGUAAGGUUUGUGCAAGUUAAACCGUUCAAAACAAACAAAUUCACAAUGUUGUGAUGUUUGGUAGCCGUUGUGCGGUUCCCCGUGUUGGACUAAGGAUAUACUAUUCGCGAAUUCUUGCACUUACUUUGUGCACCACCUCUAUAGGAUAAGUUCUUGGUGCGCAGAAAUUCCUUUGCCAAAUUUUAAACCUACACUCAACGCAUGUCAGGUAGUGUGCUUCCCUCAAACUAAUUGGAUUAAGAGUUACGGUGUGGCCAGAUACUUCACAAACACCUGUUUUUUGGGGGCGAUUCGUUGGGAGUCAGUGCAAAGAAAGCAAUUUGUUGGAAUAUCUAGUGAUGCAGUAACUUGAUCAAGUUCAAUAAGUUUUUACCAAACAACGGGAAAAAAGUUAACAGAUUUGUUCUCCUCGUGGCAAAUUCUCAAGAAUGAAUAUUUCCGAAGGAAAGGUUGAGAAGAAACUCCGGCCACCAUUGUGGGAUCUUGUCGCCGACGCUUUGCCAUCGAGCGAUCGAUGAACGAUCGCGGUUUUGGGGUUGGAAGAGUAGAUCCGGACCCAGUACCUACCUUUUAUUGCGGCGUGUACUUGUCCAGGAACGUGCCAGCGAUUGUGUGUGUGUGUGUGUGUAGGGAAAGCUAAUGGAUGUGCCAAAGAAACAAGAGGAAGGGCAGAGUGAAGGUGCAUUAAAGUAGCCAACCCACGGCGCGCGUCUCCGUCGAAAGCGGCCAGCGGAGUGCGAGUGAGAAACGCAACGGGCAAGAGCAAGAAGGAUAAAAAAGGGAAGCGAAAAGUAGCAAGCAAAAGCAGGUUUCACCACCAGCACGGGGUGGAGAAAGAAGGUGGUAAAGAAGUUUUGACCUGGCUGCUUAGAUUGCCAGUGUGUGUGUGUAUGUGUGUGUGUGUGUGCGUAUUGGUGUUUUUCAUCUUGCAUACGAAGUGCGCUGUCUCUGUGUGUGUGUGUGUGUGCGUUGGUCAAGAAGAAGCCCAGAAGAAAGAGCGAUCGAAGGGGUUUGUUUGCCUGUGCGCAUCGAAGUCACCCCUGGCCGUUCUUGAUGUGGCCAAUGUAGGUGUGUGUAAGUGUGUGUGUGCGUGAGCAGAAAUAAAGCAAAAGUGGAUUCGUGAACGCAAAGAGUCGGCGGAGUUGUGUUGGGAGGGUGGUCCCAGUUCCCAACCCCCAAGUUACCCCCGCGGUUUUCGCCGUGUCCCUGUAGGGGUACGUUCUUAGCGGUGCGAAGAAUUCGGAAGGGGUGCACGUUUUUAUGCAGGUACGCGAAAUUAUAUCGCACAAAAAGAGGGAGCAAAACGCACCAACACAACGCCACGAAGGUGGUAUUAUUAUAGCCCACGCUUGCGUUUUUCGGUGCAGCAGUCGGCUCCCCACGGCCCCCGUGGCGUGUCAAGGGUCGUGCGGGGUGUAGUGACAGAGCCCUCUAAAAGCCUGCCGGAAAGUGGACUGUGUGUGUGUGUGUAUGUGACGUGUGCAGCAGUUGCUGGCAGAAGCCGCCCGCAGACAGGGUAGAAAGAAACCGGAAUAAGCCGAUACGUGUGACGGGAGAGUAGUGAGACGGAACGGAAGAAAACAUCGAUUGGACAACGUUUAGGCAGCAGCAGUACCUUUUGCCCCGUUUCCCGAGCCGAACCAAUAACGGAAACGGACGCGGUGAAAAGAAUCGCUUUGAAUGAACGGGGCCCGGAAGGAGUAUUGAUGCCGUCGCCUUAGUAUACACCAAAAAGUGCGUCGUCGUCGCCAUUAGCAACGUCAAAGUGUAGCACACAACAGCGACACACGGAGCAAGAAAAGGGAAGGGUAAACGUCGCGAUUCGCGAAAAUUAAUCAUUCCUACGGAGCGAGGGAUCGAAGAUUCGGGCGCAAGAUGUUGCGAUUUCUUAGCCGACGUAAGGGGCGCAGUGCUGCCGCCGAUACGGUCGACAGCCAGAUCAAGUCCCAGCGCAUCCCGACCAACAAGAAUUUGAUCCCGUGUCGCGUGAUACUGCUGGACAACACGGACCUUUCGGUGGAUCUUACGAAAAAGGCGAUGGCCAGCGAUCUGUACGAGCAGGUUUUCUAUUCUCUCGAUCUGAUCGAGAAAGAUUACUUCGGACUACAGUUUACCGAUGCGAACAACGUGAAGCAUUGGCUGGAUCCGACCAAGGCGAUAAAGAAGCAGGUGAAAAUUGGUCCGCCAUACACAUUACGCUUGAAGGUAAAAUUCUACUCAUCGGAACCGAAUACAUUGCGCGAAGAGCUAACGCGCUAUCAGUUUUUCCUGCAACUGAAGCAGGAUUUACUUGACGGCAGAUUAGAAUGUCCCGAUCCGCAGGCAUCCGAGCUGGCCGCCUUGGCUUUACAGUCGGAACUGGGCGAUUUCGACGAGACCGUACAUUCGGCGGCCACCGUGUCCGAGUUUCGAUUUGUGCCGAAUCAAACCGAGGAGCUAGAGAUCAUUAUACUGGAGGAGUACAAGAAAUGCCGCGGUCUAACGCCCGCCCAGGCGGAAACGAGUUUCCUCAACAAAGUCAAAUGGUUGGAUAUGUACGGUGUCGAUAUGCAUACCGUUUUGGGUAAAGACGGUUGCGAGUAUCAUCUCGGUUUAACGCCGACCGGUAUCCUCGUGUUUGAAGGCAUUCAGAAGAUCGGUUUGUUCUUCUGGCCAAAAAUUGGAAAGCUAGACUUCAAGAAGAAAAAGCUCACGCUGGUGGUCGUGGAAGACGACGAUCACGGGCGAGAGCAGGAGCACACGUUCGUGUUUCGGCUGCACAACGAGAAAGCCUGCAAGCAUCUGUGGAAAUGUGCGGUCGAGCAUCAUGCAUUCUUCCGGUUACGGGCCCCGGUAAAGGGUCCGUCCGCGCGGCAGAACUUUUUUCGAAUGGGAUCACGGUUCCGGUACUCGGGCAAGACGGAGUUUCAGACCACGCAGCAAAACCGUGCCCGGCGGACGGUGCAGUUUGAGAGGCGGCCAUCGCAACGCUUCGCCCGCCGUCAGUCGCACGUGCUCCGUGAGCGCCAAAAGCAGCAGGCACCGCCAUCAUCGUCCACCGCAGAUCUGUUGCACCAGCAGCAACAGCCUGCCGCACAUUCGGUCAACAUCGCCAACACCGCCAGCUGUUCUUCGGCCGAUGAGGGCCAGCAUUCCACCUCCGGCACAUCGACUCCAUCCGCGAACACGGUGAUACACAACCAUAUGCCUGGGUCGGGUAGCAGUACCUCGGACAUUGGAGGAGCAGGCCUGUUAUCGGUUGGGCUAAUGAAUGGCAAUCUGCCCUCACUGAGUUCGAACAAAUCCAUCUCGUCGAGUGAAGAUGUGGCUUACGGUAGCAAGCUCGGUUCCUUUGGUAAGGCGGGUCUAUCGCACAUGUCCGCCAGCAGAUACGAUGAAGCGGUCAAACUACCCACGGUCGAGCAUGAAAUGACCACCUUUGGACGGUUUGCCGGCGCUAAUCAUCACGGUGGUUCGUUCGGCAAGGCAUCGAUAAGCUCCGGGUUUAGCAUUCACACGACGGCAUCCUCCGAUCGGGAUAGUCAAAUAGAUACACUGCUGAAAACGAUCGCCAAGGAUCCGUCGCCCUCGUUGCAUGGAGUGGAGCUAAACGAUGCUAGUAGCUUUAAGAUCACAAUCAAUAAGACUUCCGAGCUAGAGACUAACAACGAUACGCUAAAGAAGCUGGCCACGUCACCGCACGCGGAAAAGCCGAACAAUCAGAUCAAACUGUCGAACAGUGCGGCGGCAGCUGCCGGUGGUGGUGUACCAUUGCCGCCCGGUCAAAUCAAGUGCAAUAUUUUGAAAGCACGCGUUGAGGAAGAAUUGCAUCCGAAGCUUACUAAUCAUCAACUGUACGUGCCGAGCCAGCCACUACACGACGGUCCGGAGUCUCUGAAUGCGGCGACAUUCGUAUCGGUGGGUGGCGACAAGCUAACAUUAAAUCUAACUGGUACGACGACUAUACCUACGGGUGGUAGUAGCCAUACUACGAUUACGACUAUGAUUGCUUCACCGAGCGCAUCCACUCGUACGGCCACAUCGCCAACUGGAGGUCCGGCCAGCAGUAGCUGCUUCCUUCCGGGACCACCGAUAACGACCGUUUCCACCACCUACGGGGGUGGAGCAGGCCAGAUGAGCACGGUCGAAUCACCUACGCUACCGUUUACCAACGGUAUUGCGGCUCUACCUGCAGCAUCCCUUACGACAGACACCGUUACGGUCACGCACUUCUCCGAACAGCAAGGUGGCGUUGUGGAGAAAAUUAGUGUACCUACCAAUUCGCCUACAUCGUCCCCUCUGGGCGGUUCACUGGUUACAGUCGAUACGAACGGCACCGUUCCAGCAGCAGCGGCAGGUGAAUCGGAUCUCGACAAAGUGUUGCUCGCUCCGCCGCGCAACAAUGCGAACAAUCCGUUCUUGAAUAUGUCUAAUCCUUCGUCACCGGUGCACACUAAAUCGACCAACCCGUUCCAUAACCUUUCCGGCGCAUCCUCUUCCCCUCCACCCGCUGCUGGGCAGGUAGAGGACGAGCAGAAUCCGCUGGCCGAUACGACGCCCGAUACCGGAGGAGAAAAGUUAACGUCCGCCCUUGUAAGCGAGUUUAAGAAUAGUAAUCCUUUCAAGAUGGAAUCGGAAUCCGAACUGGUGGUUGGCGAAACAAAAAAUGUAACGAAACAACAUACGCCUUAUGGAGCAGCGUCGAGCAAUGGCGAAACACGUCAGGGAUUGCCGGUCGUUACAACUGUAUCAACAACGAAACCAACUGUAGAGCGGGAUGUGAUUGAUAGUAAUGGUGUGGCAACCAUCACAUCCACUGUCAUAUCCAGUGCAACUGCAAGUACCGCAACUUUGAAGGAACGAAUGAAGGAAAACAUCAAACCAUCGCCAGUGGACAUAUCGCCAUGGUUGGUAUCGUCCGAUGUGGUCACUGGUCCGACCAAACCCAAGGAGGCAACGAUUAUUCGCAAAUCGGUCAUUACAACGCAGUUGUAACGAAUAAUCUCUAGGAACCGUGAAGGGCGAUGCAGAUAGCAGUUGGUACGAUAUUAAUUUUAGAGAGUGCUUAUUUUAUAUGUGCAUAGAAAAGGCAAACACCACAUUCCUGUCAUUAUUGUGUAUGUUUUAAAAGAUUACAUAUUUGUACUGGUUUUUUUUUUUCGCUAGUUCAUCAGAUGAGAGCAAACAUUGUACUUAAUAUGAGGCGCGUGGUAAGUGAGUGACUGAUGAACUGAGAAUGACUAUAAGAAAUGGGCUUUUUAUGACGUUACUGAGAAUCAAAACCAGGCAAGGGUGCUUGUUUGGGAAUAUGCUAAAAGGGUUCGAUUGCGCCCGAGUUCGUAUAUUGUGUUCUUUUGAAGGCCGAGGAAAUAAAGGAGGCAACUGCAUACUAGUAUUACACGUGAUCUCAGUACAUUCCACUGCGGUGAAUACAGUCCGAUCCGUUUCAAUUUGGCUGAAUUGCACUCGUUCAAACUUCACCGCAAAAAUGCCUGCUACUGAACAGUAUGAAACUAUACAACGAAUUUUAAACAUUUAAACGUACUUAGAAGUGCCUGUCGCCGACAUGAUAUUGUGCGACAUCUGUGCAUUCGGUAGGAAAAAUCCGCUUAAUUUUUAAUCUGCAAAACUUAGUGCUAUGGAAAGAAUACGAAAAUGCUGCGUUUUCGAGUUUCGUUAUUUUUUGUUUGUUUGGUAUCCGUCUUACGACCGACCAAUGUGGAUGUGCAUGAAUAGAAGUUUUAGUAUUUUUGUUGUACGAUAUAUACUGCUAACCGUGAAGGUGUUUCAACAAGUGACCUUAUACAAUAAGCAAUGCUAUGGAUGCAAGAAUGAAUGGAAAGAGCGAGGAAGGAGUGAAUCGAUUGGAGCACAUUGUGCAUGCAUUUGAAAUGUUUCAGUAUAUAAUUUGCUUCGGCUCCUUUCGUAUAUAAGUAGUAGCUGCAAUUGAGAGUGAAUUGAAGAUGACGACGGUUAGACGGUUAGACAAAACAAACGAAGGGGGUUUGCAAAAGAAAAUUAAUCAAAACUACAUAGUAACUAUGUGUGUGCCUCUGUUGUGUAAACUGAAUAUAGUGGAACAUGCUGACAAGUAGGAUGCAUGAUUUUAAUACCUGAAGGAACUGUUCGAUAAAGAGAAUUUAUUCGAGUUGUUGAAUAAAAAAAACUGUGUAAGUUAUA